CCUCUAAAAAGCAUAAAAAGGACUGACAUCGAAGAGAGAGACUGACAUACCAACAACAAACAAACUUUUCCUCUCUAAACUGUAAACUUUACAUUUUCCUCUCUCAACUGAACACUCGUUAGCUGUAAUCGAUUUUGGCGGGAAAAUAGCAUCCAGCGUAAAAAAUGGGGCCAUGAAUUAGGGUUUAAAGAUUGUGAUUGUGAAAGUGAAAAUGGAGGUCGCUGGAAUUAUAAAACAGAAGACAAGGGGACAGGCGGAAGAAAACAUUUUGGCAAUUAUCAAUGGUUCUGGUGCUAAAGACACUCAGGAAGCUAAUGAAGAUAGUCUCGCAUUUCUUGAAGCCGUUCGUGCAAUUUCGAUUGUUUCGCUGAACGGAACUCCACCAACCAACAAAAUGUUCCAGGAGGUCUUCAGGAUCCUAAGGUGUGGAGAGUCUUUGGAAUUGAUUAUGGCAAGUUAUAAACUUUUGACUGAGUUAGAUAAGUCCUUUCCUCGUGUAUAUUUCGCCAAUGUACAAAAUUCACUGUCAGACAUUAAUGCUACAUCCGAACUGGUUGUGGCUAAUGAGGGUUGGUCACCUUUUGAUUUUAGUCCAGAGUUUUCUAGUUACCGGAGAGAAGGUGAUAAAGACCAGGGGGGACCAGUAGACUCCUAUGAGUUUCAUUGCCUGAUACAAGACCUUGCUCGUGUGACUAAUGAAAUGAACUUUCAAAAGUCUGAUACAAAGUCCCUGAGAAAUCUGUUAUUAUUUCAAUAUCUUGUCAACAUUCUUGAAGGUGAUUUUGUUCCACGCAAUAGUGCAUAUAAUGAAGGACUUGUGAGCUGGACGCCUGUGAAAGAGUCUUUGCUUAAUAUGCUUUUGGGAUCACGAAAAAUAAACUACAAAAACUUGGUUAAGGAUUGUUUAACUAUUAUGUGUCAAUUGUACCAGAGUUCUGAAGUUUCUGAAGAAAAAUCAGCUAAAAAUUGUGACACAGCUGUGAUACUUGCUUUACCUGAAGUCGGAAAGAAUGCCUGCAUUUCUAUGCAGAAAUUUCUCACAAUUAUUAUGGAGCUAGAUUCAUCUAAGAAGAAUGCUGAUAAGGAAGGUUCUACUACAAGAGCUGAUGGUAUCAGGACUCCGAUGGUAGAGCUAAUUGUAGAUGAGCUUACUUAUAAUAGGGAUAUUUUCCACCCUUUUCUUCAGGUAUACGAUGACCCUAAAUGGAAGCUUGAACUUGUUGUGCUGUAUCUUUGGAAAUAUGUGGGAAAGCCUUCUGUCCGAACUCGUAGGUCAAAUGGUUCUAUAGGUGAUACAACAUUUGGUGGAGCAUUGAAGUGCUUUUCAGAUGUCGCCGGCACAAAAAGUGCUAUUAAAAAAAUAGGGACUGAAGUAAUUCAGUUACUCUUAGUACAUGGAUUUCAGGCUUAUUUGUCUCUACCAUGCGAAAAUUUAUAUGAAAGCAUCUCUGCUGCAAAUGGAGAAAGGACAAACUACUUUCAUAUUGAAAUAUGUAAAAGCAUAAUAUCUGCAUUUAGAAAUCUGAGGGCAGCAGACAAACACAUGGAGAUUACAUCGUUUGGAAAAGAAGCGCUAUUCACAGCAGCUACCAUUAUUUCAAUGAAGUCAUAGGAGUCUGGAAGCUUGUACUGCUUGCUAUAUUACUAAAUUUGAAGGAUGCAUUUUGUACUGCGAAGAUUUUGUUUAAAUGAAGAUUUUAAGCUAAGUUGUAAUUACCUAGUACAUGUACUUAACUAACAGUCUCCCUUCAGAGACACUCUUCAUUAUGCAUUUUGUACUGCGAAGAUUUUGUUUAAAUGAAGAUUUUAAGCUAAGUUGUAAUUA